AUGGUGUCGGGUGCUUGCAUCAUUUUCCUUUGCUUUAAGAGACGAGGAAAACUUGCUUUUUUUUUUCCGUUUUUCAUUGAUUUUCUAUCGAGUACUGGUAUAGGGGUUUUUUCGAUAGCUUCGGCGCCGGGAGGAGAGAACAUAUCAUGCCCCAUUCCCUUUGUUUUUCUAGCCUGUCAUUUAUUUAUUUUUUGGGGUUUAUUCCUUUUUCAAAGGAAUAUCCGGGCGGAACGACAACCUUUGGUCCCCUUACUCUUUGGAGCAUUGCUCUUUUUUCUUCCUUACUUUCCAAACCUGGAAUGGCUAGAAGGGUGGAUCGAGGGACUCGACCUCUUUCUUCUUUUAUUGGGAAUUCUUCUAUUUGUGUGCGGCGAGGAAAAGAAAUGA